UGAGAGCGCAGGCGGCAGCUGACAGGCGCUUUUCUUCAGACGGCUGCGGCGGGAGCCCAGCGAAGCGGGCGGCCUCUCCAGUUCGUGUCCCCGCGUCCCGGCCCGCGAAGUUCCAGGACGCCGGGGCAUGGAAGAAGGGAAGAUGGACGAGAAUGAAUGGAGUUACCACGGCGAAGGCAACAAGAGCCUUGUGGUGGCCCACGCGCAGCGCUGUGUAGUUCUGCGGUUUUUGAAGUUUCCUCCAAAUAAGAAGAAGACCUCAGAAGAGAUACUUCACCAUCUUCAGAACAUAGUAGACUUUGGCAAGAAUGUCAUGAAAGAGUUUUUGGGGGAGAGCUAUGUUCAUUGUGGGGAAGUUGUUCAGCUGCCUUUAGACUUUGUGAAACAACUGUGUUUAAAGAUACAGUGUGAAAGACCAGAGUCCCGAUGUGACAAGGACCUGGACACGCUCAGUGGUUAUGCUAUGUGCCUUCCCAAUUUAACCAGACUUCAGACCUACCACUUUGCAGAGCACUGGCCGAUUCUGUGUGUAGAGAUUAAGCCAAAAUGUGGGUUUAUUCCUUUCUCGAAUGAUGUUACCCAUGAGUUGAAACACAAGGUGUGCCGAUACUGUAUGCACCAGCACCUCAAGGUAGCAACUGGAAAGUGGAAGAAAAUAAGUAAAUACUGUCCCCUUGAUCUCUACUCAGGAAACAAGCAGCGCAUGCACUUUGCCUUGAAGAGUCUGCUGCAGGAGGCGCAGAAUAACCUGAGGAUAUUUAAGAAUGGUGAGCUGAUUUACGGUUGUGGCGAUGCCCGGAGCCCUGCAGCUGACUUGAAGGAGCUUGCAUACCACCUGAAGCCCUUCUUCUUCCCUUCCAAUGGCUUGGCCAGUGGGCCUCACUGCACGAGGGCUGUGAUCCGGGAGCUGGUACAUGUUAUCACCAGGGUGCUGCUGAGCAGCUCAGACAAAGGCCGAGCGGGAGCCCUCAGGCUUGGUCUCCAGGGCCCCCGUGUCUGUGAAGCCAGUCCUUUCAGCAGGAGCCUGCAACAUCAAGGAAAAACCACACCAGAGCACUCGGGGUUACCGAAGGGCUGUCUUCUGUACAAAACUCUCCAGGUGCAGAUGUUGGACCAGCUGGACAUCGAAGGCCUCUACCCUCUUUACGACCGGGUCGAGCGGUACCUGGAGGAGUUUCCUGAGGAGAGGAAAGCACUACAGAUAGAUGGGCCUUAUGAUGAAGUAUUCUACCAGAAACUGCUUGAUCUGUCCACUGAGGAUGAUGGGACAGUGGCCUUCGCAUUAACAAAGGUGCAGCAGUACCGAGUAGCCAUGACCGCCAAGGACUGUUCCAUUAUGAUCGCACUGUCCCCUUUACAGGGCACAAGCUCUGACCAGAGGCCUGUUAUCCCUUCAUCAAGAUCCCGGCUGGCCUUCUCUGUGUCUGUAUUGGACCUCGACCUCAAGCCCUAUGAGAGCAUCCCUCACCAGUAUAAACUAGACAGCAAGAUAGUCAACUAUUACUCAAAGACUGUGCAUGCCAAAGACGACGCUGUGAGGCCGACUCGGUUCAAGGAACACGAAGAUUGCACAUUGGUUCUCCAUAAGGUCUAACUUUUCCCCCCUGCAGUGUCUUUGAAACUUGAAUGUGAAAACUGAAUGACAGAGCUAUUUGCGGUUGUGUUGGGUGACUUGGCUGUGAAUGUUUUUGCUUUUAACCCCUGCUGAGGUUAGACUGCCUCUCAGAGACAAGGAAUUAAGGAGCACUAGAAUCUUCUAGGACCAGGAAUGUAGGACGUGAGUGCUGUGUCCCAGCAAGCCAUCUGUUUUCUUAGGGUGGAAGUGUCCGUUAAGCCCCAGGAAAACAUCCUGGGUAGUUCUUCCAAGCAGAGCUCACGUCCAGUUCUCUAAUGCGAAAAGCCUUAUUAUUAAGACCCAAGGUUUGGAUCUCUUACCACCAGACUCUUGACAUAGAAAACUUGAAUUGUCAUGAGUAUAUUACGGUUUGGAUUUUCAUGAAAACAUGGAUACUACUGGAACUUCCCUAGCUAUUAACCGGUCACUUGUUCAAUGCAGGUCAAACAUCAACGCAGGCUUUGGGCGGUCCCCUGCUGCAGAGCAGUCAGGGGUUAGUGUGGACAUCAGGUCUGAGUGCUUUAGACUCAUGUCCCUGUGGAGGUGCUGAAGCCCCUGGCUUUGUAAUAGGAGCAGCAGCAAGGGGACACAAGACUCAGGUCGGGAUGGACACCACUUGCAUGAGCAUUGCUUUUUUUUUUUUUAAAUUCUUCCGAAUGAUUUAACUCUAGGGGGAGCUGAGGCGUUCUUUCUUACCUGAAAUUGCUGCUGUAGAGGCUGGAGGCAGAGCUGUAACUCAGCUGCUGUGGUUGGCUGGGUGGGUGUGCCUGACAGCCCAGAGUUUUCCUAGCACUCUAGUGUCUUGGGUGGUUGGGGAUCAAGGUUUCCCUUCCUCCUAAGCCACAUACUCACCCCUGGGUUAGCUCUGAGGCAUAUUGGGUAUGUGGGUCUAGGGCUUUGCUGUUUUCAGCAGGGCUAUAGAAGGCUUCUAGCUGGCACUGAGGAUUCUAUUGGGGUCACCAAAAGUGUGCCUGGCUGCUAUAAAAUCAUUGGGAGUUUUGGCUUCAUUUUUGGCUGUACAGACUGAUUAUUUAUAUCAUUCUUUUGAGAGACUAAUGAAGGCUUAUUGUAACAUAGUAAAAACCAUGGAACUGUAUGAAAUAUGCUACAUGAAAAAUGAAGAAAAUAUUUUGCUGAUUGUAAACUUUUGUGGGAAAUUUUGUGAUAAACUUUGAGAAUUAUACUUGUUUGAAUCAA